AUGUCUAUCAAUGAUGUUGUAUGGGAUGAUUAUAUCAAGAAGCAUCCUGAUGUCAAAUGCUGGAGGACAAAGACCCUUGCUCACUUUGAUGAGUUAGCUAUUAUAUUUGGGGAUAAUAGGGCCAAUGGAAGGUAUAGCCGUUGUAGGAAUGACAAUACUGUGCAAGAUGAUGAUGACCAUGAUAAUGAAAAUUUAGAUAACACGCAAUCUCCAGAUACCCCUCAAGAACAGAAUGAGAAUGGAUAUAAAUAUAAGGAUGAGGACUUGCGUACAUCUGACACUCAAAAAAGGGCUCGAGCCUCAACAGGUCUGAAUUCACGUCCUUUUAGAAAGACCAAAAAGAGUACAGGAGAAGGAAUGGUAGAUGCAAUUCAGGUACAUAUAAGAUAUCGUAAUAUGGCGAGUUCUGACGAUGAAGAAGAUUUGGUAGUAGUUGUAACAACAACCACAACAACACUAAUUGAUGUUUAUUACCAAUAUUUUUUGGAGAAAACAAUAUGCCAUGAUUCAAUUCUUAGUGGUGCAGCUCAUGUAGAUGAAGUCUUAAAUGGUCAUGAUGCACGAUGUCAGGAUAGUUUUCGUAUGGAAAAACAUGUUUUCUUAAGAUUAUGUGAUAUGUUGAAAGAAAAGGAGUUACUUCGUCAUAGUAAUGGAGUUCGUGUUGAAGAAAAAGAUACUUCAAGAGCGUUUUCAGCAUUCAGGUGA